AUGGAGCCUCCUGAAGAGAAACAAGCUGGUGUCUCAGGCGAAGCAUUCACGACUGACGCUGGUAGCGAUGGGUUUGACCAAGAUGACAAGGAUAUGGCCAGAAUGGGCAAGAAACAGGAGUUUAGUCGGAACUUCAAUUGGAUCAGCAGUUUUGUUGCCCUGAACAAUUUCCAGAUGCUUGUCGACGGUGGCACGUCGACCAUGUUCUGGAGCUACACCUGGAUCAUAACUGGGCAAUUCUUCAUCGUCCUCAGUCUGGCUGAGAUGGCUUCCAUGGCACCGACAGCGGGUGGGCAAUACCACUGGGUCAGCGAAUUCGCUCCUGGGCGCUAUCAAAAAGCCUUGAGCUACACCUCCGGAUGGCUGAGUUCUACGUGUUGGGAGUCUUUCGUUGCGUCCGACUGCAUGUUCGCUGCACAACUUAUCUUCGCCCUUGUGCAAUUGCAGAACCCCGACUUUGAGAUCCACAACUACUAUACGGCUCUGACGAGCAUUCUGAUUGGAACCAUCGUGACAGCCAUCAAUGUAUGGGGUGCUAAGAAGCUUGCGUUGUUGGAGAAUGUGUUUGUUACGCUGCACGUUGCCUCCUUUCUUGUCGUGCUAAUCACGGUUGCUGUUGCUUCGCCCAAGAACGACGCGAAGGGGGUCUUCACCACGUUUGCCGAUAACGGGGGCAACUACCCGCUAAUGGGACUCGCCGUCAUGGUUGGCCAAGUCCCAGCCAUGUGGAAUGUCCUUGCGUCAGACGCAGUCGCUCACCUCUCCGAGGAGGUCAAGAACGCCAGCGUCGUGACUCCCAAGACAAUGUUCUGGGCCUACAUGCUGAAUAUCCCCCUGGCGUUCGCGAUGCUGCUGGUAUUCGUUUUCGCCAUGACCGAUGUCGAGGCUGCAGUUGGUGAAGCCUUCCCCUUUGUCUGGAUACUGCAGAACUCGCUGUCCACGGCCGGUGCCCAAGCCAUCACGGCCAUCAUGUUCAUCUUGGUCUUCAUGAUCGCCGUGUCCUGCUUCGCAUCGACCAGCCGCCAGCUAUUCGCGUUCGCGAGGGACAACGGUAUGCCCUUUCCGACGUGGCUGAAAAAAGUGAAUCCCCAGUUGAAUGUUGCGGCGAACAGCUGCUUUGUCACUUGGGGAUACACGGUUGUCAUGUCGUUGAUCUACAUUGGCUCUCCGAUCGCGUUCAAUGCCAUCAUCAGCUUGGCCAUCGUGGCGCUCAUGGCCACGUACGCGAUCAGCAUCGCCUGUGUUCUCUGGCGGAGGAUUGUCCACCCCAGCACAUUGCCGCCUGUGUAUUGGAGCUUAGGGAGAUGGGGUAUUGCGGUCAACACGUUGGGUCUGGUAUACGCGAUUUUUGCGUUCUUCUGGGCUUUCUGGCCGAUUUAUUGGAAGCCUACAGCCGAUGAGAUGAAUUGGGCGAUAGUCAUCUUCGCUGGCGUCAUGUUGAUGUCUGCGGUAAACUACGUCCUUUCGGCGCAUAAGAUGUACACGGGACCGGUGGCUACUUGUGAAGGGCGGCAGGAGGGAUGA